CGCGAGAGAUCCGCCAGUCUUUGCUCAGUCGCUGUAGUAACGUCUGGGAAGCGGACUCUGAGCUGCAGGUCACCGCCGCACUUCAAGCAAACGGAUAAUAAACGGAUAAUAAAAACAAAAACCAACAAAGCUCUCUCGUGUGGAUGUGCAUAGAUAGAUAUUUUUUUGCGAGCUUGAAGUCGUUUGGAAGUAAAACAGUGACCACAGCGGGAUAUUGAACUCCUCGGGACGCAGGGCAGGAGCCUAAAAAUAAGUUUUCAUCCUUUUCUGUUUUCUUCAUCGACGGAAUUGUUAUUCCUUUUUGCCGAAUUUGUUGGACUGAAUGCGUGUAAUUUUCAGUCCCGGUGUUUAUUCUGACCUGGAGUGGGGCUGUUGACGGCGAGGCGGACACCAGAGAAGCGGCAGCUCGGUAGCCACCUGACCUCCUGGAAAAUAAGACGGCAGCUGAUGACACGCAGGCUGAGAGCUUUACGUGGCAUAUUAGUAAGCUCACUGACGGAGUGGGACGAGUUUUCCACGCGGCUGUUACAUUCCCAGCCUUGACGCACCGUUUGCGCGUGAAGUUUGCGGAAUACUGUUAGCGAUAUCUAAUCAAUAUUAACGAAAUAAUUUGGGUGAACGCUGACAUUGAGUUGGGCAUAAUUCUCUGAACUUCUUCUUUCGUGUCUGCGAGAAUAACAGCCUGAAGUGGUUCAUCUGUCGGUACCGGAGACCAUGGGUAUUACCGCGCUGCAAGUGCUCCAGUGGUCGUGAUGCCAAGCGCCGGUCUGAUCCCGCGCGUCCAUCCCGUUAUGUGCGCUCUCUAACCCCGCAGAAGUGUGGUGCCGUGUCCCGGUCACACCGCCAGGAUGAGCAGCACCGACCUGGAGCGCAUGUCGCUCAGCUCUUCGGCAAACUCUGUGGCGUCCAGCGCACGGACGCUGUCGGCUAACGUGAGGAAGCUGCACAACGCGCUCAACCUCCUGCUCAACGAUUUCGAGAGGGAGCAGUUCAUCCACUGCCUGAAUGUCUACCACUCCAAACGCAACGUGUACGACCUGGUGCAGACCCUCAAUGUCAUCCUCAACGCGCCCAGCAAACGGCAACUUCUGCCCAUGUUGCGGCUGGUGAUCCCCCGCUCUGAUCAGCUCCUUUUCGAGCAGUACACCUCGGAGGGCCUAUACUUAAAGUCGGAUUUAGUUGCAAGCAACGGACACGCCGAGCCGCCCCCGGGCGAAUUCCUCAGCGCUAGCCCGACGCCCCCGGGGCAUUUCUCUCCGAACAACCCCCCCGAGUUUCAAGUGGCGCUGCGGGGCUCUCCGGACAGCUUCAGCACCAGCAGCGACGGGACAGCUCCCCUGGUACCUCUUCUCGGGAGGAACUUUAUCCACGAGCCGCCCGGUGAGCUGCGCCAGGUCACCAUGAAGCGGCACAAGAGCAACGAGGGCCUGGGCUUCAGCAUUCGCGGCGGCUCGGAGCACGGAGUCGGGAUCUACGUGUCCCUGGUGGAGCCCGGGAGCUUGGCGGAGAAAGAGGGUCUCCGGGUCGGUGACCAGAUCAUGAAAGUCAACGACAAAGUCUUCGAUAAAGUCACCCAUGCUGAAGCAGUGAAGGUGCUCAAGGGAAGUAAAAAGCUUUGCCUCUCAGUGCGUUCAGUUGGUCGCAUUCCAGGCGGCUAUGUCACCAACCACGUUUAUACCUGGGUUGACCCUCAGGGUCGAAGUGUGUCCCCUCCUCCUGACCUGCCUGAGCAUCGCAGCGCCACUCUGAGAAGAACUGACAGUCAGCGCCGAAGCAACAUGCAGCUACUGCAGGAAGGGGACGAGAAGAAGGUCAACCUGGUUUUAGAUGAUGGCCGGUCUCUGGGUCUGAUGAUCCGAGGGGGAGCAGAAUACGCUUUGGGUAUUUACAUCACUGGAGUGGACCAAGGGUCAGCAGCAGAGUGUGGAGGACUGAAGGUUGGUGACCAGAUCUUGGAGGUGAAUGGCCGCAGUUUCCUGAGCAUCCCGCACGAUGAGGCCGUCAGAGUCCUGAAGUCAUCACGCCAUCUGAUGAUGACAGUGAAAGACGUAGGCCGCCUGCCACACACCAGGACGGUGGUGGGUGAGACCAAGUGGAUCGCCAGCUCACAGAUUGCAGAGAGCUCUGCCAAUAGCAGCGUGGCAAGCUUUUCUGUGGACCAAGGAGCUUCUGCAUCAGGAAAGUCUGGGUUUUAUAAGGGUGUGGCAGGCUCACAGGUAACCCUGUCCAGUCUGGUGAAUCAAUCCCGUGCCAUGCUGGAGGAGCAGGCACGCCACCUGCUGACAGAGGCGGAGCGACAGACCAUGGUCUACUACGUGGAGGAGUACCGGGACGGACACAUAGGAGUGGAGCAGCUGGUCAUGGCGCUGUUUGAGCUGCUGAACACGCACGCAAAGUUCUCCUUGCUGUCCGAAGUACGAGGCCUGGUUGCGCCACAGGACCUGGAGCGUUUUGAUGGGCUGGUCCUUCGACGGGAAAUUCAGGCCCUUAAAGCUCGACAGGGGGCAGCUGGCGCCUCAGCCCUGCAGCCAGACUCCCUGUCCAUGGUGUCAUAUCCAGACACUCUGACAUCAUCUUCAGCCAGCUUCAUGACCAACACCACCCUCAGCUCUGCACGGGAGAGGCUGCUGUGGCUGAUAGAUAUUAUGGAGAAUGACAGCGUUGUGGAGAGUAAUGAGGAGGAUCCCCCAGAGAGCCUGAACACGCUGCUGACCGACAUCUCUCUGGAUGAUGUUCAGUCCGCCACAGCCGAGUCCCCUCCCUCCUUCAAGCCUCCGCCCCCACCAGGGGUGCAGAGGGGCCCAAGUAGAAGAGAUCCGCUCAACAAGUGCCCCUCUUCCGAAUCCUCCCACUCAGGCUUGUACUUUACAGCCACAGCCUCUAAGAACCACGGCAACGAGCCAGGACACGCUCCUGCCUCACCCUCUUUACACCACAAACGAGAACGCCAGAGGGACCCGUCUCAAGAAUACGCAGCAAUCAGAAAGAGAGAGCCCUCUGCAUUGGCCAAGAAACAGAAAAUAACAUCCGCUCAGUUGUCCACAGUCGCUCAGCACAACAUUGGCCCUUUCCCCAGGGUGCAGUCGCCCAGCAGAGGCACUAAACCCGCUGCCCCGUCCCCUUCACCUCCGCCUCCUCCUCCACUCCCUGCCCCUCCUCCGCCCCCUUCUCUGUCCCUUAAGCCAGCAUCCAAGACCAAAUCCUCCCCCACCUCCUCUCCUGGGUCUAAACAGCAGUUUGUUACAGUGGAGGUUCACAGGCCCAACGCAGAACCCGAUGUCAAUGAGGUGCGGCCACUUCCCCAAGCUCGAGGUGGCACCCUGUCUCAGCUGUCAGACAGUGGCCAAACCCUCAGUGAGGACAGCGGGGUGGACAUAGCUGAGUCAGGACACGUCAGGAAAGAAAGUAGCUCCCAUUCCUCACGCACACACCUCCCCCGAGACACCCAGGAGGGAGGCGGGGGGGACAACCCCUCCAAACCGCCAGGGCUUUUGGAGCCUACCGCUACACUAGUGAGGGUGGCAAAGACUGCCAGCACCCUGGGUAUUGCCAUUGAAGGUGGAGCCAACACUCGCCAGCCUCUGCCACGAAUUGUGACAAUACAGAGGGGUGGUUCAGCUCAUAACUGCGGCCAACUGAAGGUGGGACAGAUUAUACUGGAGGUAAACGGGGUUUCCCUGAGGGGCCGCGAGCACAGGGACGCAGCGCGCCUCAUCGCUGAGGCCUUCAAGACCAAAGACAGGGACUACGUGGACUUCUUGGUGACUGAGUUCAAUGUGGCACUAUAGCUGAGUGGAAGAGGAGGGAGUACGAUGACGAAGGUAGCACCAAGACAAGAGGACUUCAAGGGGGUGAUGAUACAGAAGUAUUCAAGUAUUCUAUUGAUUUAUAUGGCACAACUCUUGGAUAAACGUAAACAAACUACCAACUGAUCUGAGCCCUUCUUCUUUCUCGGAAAACCCACUCUUGAAUUUACAAGGCAUUACUUUCACCGUGGACUUUGUCCAGGAUUCUCCUCAACUUGUUACCUCCCCACUGUGAGACAUUAUGUGCUGCAGUGGAAAACCUGUACCUUUUGUGUUAAACCGUGUGGAUUUCUGGAACUUCUCGUAACACUCCCAUGUCUCAUGCUAACUUUAUUUUACUUACUUUCUGCUUUUAACUGAGAGACAACUGCACAUCUAAGAUAAAGUGAUUGCUUGGCUUUACAAGUUUGGAUUUGUAUAUGUAAAAAUGGACAAAUGUAGAUACAGAUGCAUAUAUAAUGUACACAUAAAAGUACUCCUAUAGAAUUAAAAAAGAACCUGUAACCUCUGUCGCAUCAUCUAUGUAUCUAAAUAUAUCUGAAAUAUGGUGAUGAUUUCAGGGCAAUACAUGAAUCCACAAAUUUUACCAGAAUAACAGUGACAUCAUCAAAAUACCAUCCUUUUGGGGGGGGGGGGAGGAA